CCCAAACCUGGGUUUUGUGCCGCCGCCGCGGCGCGUCACGGGUCCGUUUUUGCCUCCAGGCCGUCGCAGGCACACUGCCGGCAUUGUUUGCAACCGCUGCUCGCAGGUCUGCUGGUUGCGCGAGACAUUUGAGGCCGGAGAGCCAGCAUGCUCUCCCUUGCAGCCAGGCGCACAAGUCGCCGCGCGGCGCCGAUACUGCGACGAGCGCCGCUGACACGCCGCGCAUCACCGCCGCGCGUGCAUAUACAAAAGCUCAGCACCACCGCACCACAAACAAAAAACGUAGCCCUGAGACUCGCCCUCGCGCCCUACGCCGCUUUAUCAUGCUUCCCACUGGCGAGCGGCGCCGCGGCACUCUACCACUCCAUCAACGGCGACGAGGACGCCGCGCGCGGCUGCGCCUUCUUCAGCUGGACCGGAUGGUUGUCUUUACCAGCGACGAUACCGAUGUUCCUCGUGGCGGCGCCGUAUACCUUACUCUGUGAUCCCUACGAGCGGAGCCUCCCGGAUAAGGUAGCCAAGGCCUGGGGCCGUUGUACCACAACACCCUUCUUCUCUACUCAUGUAGAAGGGCUGGAAGCGUGCGAAAAACAACUCAACGGCCGACCGGCGGUCUUCGUGGCGAACCACCAGUCGUGGUUGGAUAUAUAUGCUUCGUUUUGGCUGGACUGGGACCGCGCCUUAAAAAUCGUGUCCAAGGCAUCUAUUUUCCGGAUUCCUCUGUGUGGGUGGGUCAUGUCUCUGAUCGGCCACGUGCCCUACGACCGGUCCAAGCCGGGCGGCCACGUCGUCGGCGCGUGCGAGAAGCUCGUCGAGAACGGCGCGAGCAUCCUCUUCUUCCCGGAGGGGUCACGGUCCAAGGACGGCCGGCUCAAGCCGUUCAAGCCCGGCGCGUUCGUGGUCGCGGCGCGCGCUGGAUGUGCUGUCGUGCCGGUCACCAUAAAAAACACGGGAUAUUUGAUGCCCGUCGGCGACGAAUUCUACGCCGGCGGGCGCCUACGGCGGGGCGACGUCGAAGUGGUCGUCCACGCGCCUUUGUAUGCCGAUCCUACGAAGGCGGACCCCGUCGCCGAUCUGCAAGAGAGGGCGCGACAAGCGAUCGCGUCGCGGCUCUGAUGAUGUUCGUUCGCUCGCUCGUUAUUUAUUACGCUGUAUAAGUU